AUGCCUGAGUCGACUUAUAUGGCGCAUGUUACUCCUAAUUCUGGUACAGCUGUGAACAUUUUAAAAAGCACUUUAAAAUAUUUUGAUGACUCUGAUGUAUCCACAGAUGUCUUAAGAGUAGUAGGGUAUGAUAGGACGAAUGUUAUUAUUUUUAAGUUUAAUGGUGUUAUUGUGCAAUUAGAAAAACAUUUAAAUCGCCCGUUGCAGUGGCUUAUUUGCCAGCUGCACUGUAAUGAAUUACCUUUGCGACACCUUAUGAAUUUCCUUGAUAGUAGUACAACUGGACCUCGUCACUUCAACGGACCUAUAGGACAAGCACUCAUUGGAUGUAAAAAACUACCUGUUGUUAAAUUCAGUGUAAUUGAAUCAUAUGUACAGGAGAAUGUGGAUAGGUCUGAUUUAAGUACAGAUCAACAAUAUCUUCUUGACAUGUGUGUUGCAAUCUCAGAGGGAAGUAUUGACAAUAAACUUUCUAAACGGUGCCCAUGUAAAAUAGUGCAUUCCCGCUGGUUACCAUUGGCUAACCGUAUACUACGUUUAUAUGUUUCCACUGUGGUUCCAUCAGAUAAUUUGAUUACCUUAGCAACCUUUAUUUUAAAAGUGUAUGCUCCAGUAUGGUUCCUUAUAAAAACCAGACCGUCCUGUCUACAUGGAGUCUUUAAUUUUUGGAAAAUGAUUCAGUUACCUAGUUAUUUACCACAACCCCUAAAGGAUGUAAUGGAUCCAGUUCUAUUGCGAAAUAGUUUUUUUGCACAUCCAGAAAAUAUGCUACUUGGAAUGUUAGGAGAUCCAAGAAAACAUAUUAGAGAGCUUGCUGUGCGCCGUAUUUUUAUAGCUCGAAAGAGUAACAUAAACCAGCGACUACGAACAUUUGAGGUACCACCUGUGCUUAAUAUGAACGCUAUGGAUUAUAUCAUAAAUUGGAGUACAAUACCCUUAACUGAACCACCAUUAACAAUUGGAAGUUCGAAUGAAACUUUACAGGAAAUUGUGGUUAAUCCGGAGACAUCAGCACUGUUAUCGGAGCUUAAGUUUUAUCCGUCUCACAACCAAGCCGUUGAAGGCAUGAUUAAACUUGUGACAGAAGCUUCAGCAAAAGUUCGUGGUGCUGAUACCAGAGAUGGUUUGAUUAGAACCAAACUGGAAUUACACCGAAUUAUGCCUUAUUUUAGGUCAAAAAAAGAUUAUAAUUUAUAA